GUUUUCACUGGCUUACUCGCCGUCCCGUUCAUUCGUACGUUUCGGCUUCCGGAGGUUGGACGCGUGCGUGUCUCCUCAUCGCGGUGUCUCCCGCAGCGGCAACUGUGGUGCUGGUGCUGGCCAUACUAUUGUGCCCCUUUUCUUAUUGUUGGUGGAAAACACGGCUUCCAUCGUUCGUGAAGUAUGUGAAGUAGCAACCCCAACACUGACACACACACGUAUACGGAGCACGGAGCGAAACAGCUGCUGUAUUUUGCUUUCAUCUGCCCGGUUUUUGGUGCACCGGAGGGCGGCGGGGAGAAGGGGAGAAGAAGAACCGCGAAGGAAAACAAGAAAACGGAGUGAUCUCUGUGCCGUUCUGUUGUGUUUUGGGGUUUUUUUUGUUGCUUGCGUGUGUGUGUGUUUGUGGUAGUGGGCAAGUAGGUGGUGUCGUGUGACGCGUUCCGGCUUCCAGGGGUGUUUUUCCUGUGCUGCCCCUGCCGUGGUUCGAGUUUUCCGAAAACCGCACCAGCCUGGUAGGGCUUCCCACCUCGAAGGCCGGGCUGCCAUCGACCCCGCAUUCUGUGUCUGUCCACUGCACACCACCCCGCUUCGAGCCAUUUUCCAUCAAUCAACCGCCAACACACAACACGUACACAGCUGUACAGCGAGCACCACGCACACACACGCACAGCCGGGCCCACACAGGGCUGGUUGCAUUUCCACCGGGCCCAGGCAGGGCCUCCCCCCACACCCAUCCGGGCGUUGCGCUGCAUGACUAAACUGGCUUCGGCGAGAGAACGGUACGGCUGCAAGAGUGUGUGUUUGUGUGUGUACUGGAACCGAUAGUGGAACGGGAAACCGGCCGAUUCGUCCCGGUAAGAAGUGCCCACCGCCCCCCAAAAGCGACCGGGGAGAUAGUAGCUACAGUUCAACAGUGACUAAACAGGCAGCAGCCCAACUGGUCCGCCCAACAAGCGUGCAGUUGCAAAGAUGCUGGACUCACAGCUGGUGUGGGCCCGCGACAUACAGGAUGGCUACAUACAGGGGCGCAUCACCGAGAUCGGUGCGUCCGAGUACGACGUGCAGCCGGUCGACAGCAAGCUGCCGAAGCGAAGCUGCAUCCCGGAGGACAUCUUUCCUUCGUGCGAGCGGCCCUCGGACAACGAUGACAACUGCGAGCUGAUGUUUCUGAACGAGGCCACACUGCUGGACAACAUCCGGAACCGCUACUACAAGGACAAGAUCUAUACCUAUGUGGCGAACAUUCUGAUCGCGGUCAAUCCGUACAAGGAAAUACCGGACCUGUACUCGACGGCCACGCUGAAGCGCUACAGCGGCAAAUCGAUCGGUGAACUGCCGCCGCACGUGUACGCAAUCGCCGACAAAGCGAUUCGCGAUAUGCGCGUGCUGAAGAUGUCGCAGUCGAUCAUCGUGUCCGGCGAGUCGGGCGCGGGCAAGACGGAAAGCACCAAGUAUCUGCUCAAGUUCCUGUGCGACUCGGUCGCGGCGGCCGGCCCGAUCGAGCAGAAGAUACUGGACGCGAACCCGAUCCUGGAGGCGUUCGGCAACGCGAAGACGACGCGCAACAACAACAGCUCGCGGUUCGGCAAGUUCAUUGAGGUGCACUACGACAAGCGGUGCCAGGUGGUGGGCGGCCACAUCUCCCACUAUCUGCUGGAGAAGAGCCGCAUCUGCACGCAGAGCCCGGACGAGCGGAACUACCACGUGUUCUAUCUGCUGUGUGCCGGCGCCCCGCCGGCCCUGCGCGAGCGGCUGGCCCUCACCAAGCCGGACGACUACCGGUAUCUGUGCGGGUGCACGCAGUACUUCACGCACCCGCACACCGAGUCGCGCAUACCGGCCGGGCACAAGUCGCGCGUGCACGCGGCCAAGGGCCCGCUGAAGGACCCGAUCCUGGACGACUACGAGGACUUCCGGCAGCUGGACGAGGCGCUGGGCCGGCUCGGGCUGAGCGAGGCGGAGCGGACGCAGAUCUACUCGCUGGUGGCGGCCGUCCUGCACCUCGGCAACAUCCGGUUCGAGGAAAACCCGGAAGACUCGAACGGGGGCUGCCGCAUCACGCAGGAAUCGCAACCGUCGCUGAACGUGACCGCCCGGCUGAUCGGGGUCGACCCGUCCGAGCUGCGGCAGGCGCUGAUGUCGCGCGUGAUGAAGAGCAAGGGCGGCGGCAUCAAGGGCACGGUCAUCAUGGUGAUGCUGAAGGUGUACGAGGCGAACAAUGCGCGGGACGCGCUCGCGAAAGCGCUCUACUCGAAGCUGUUCGACCACAUCGUGUCGCUGAUCAACCAGAACAUCCCGUUCCAGGCGUCCAGCUACUACAUCGGCGUGCUCGAUAUUGCCGGCUUCGAAUAUUUCACCGUAAACUCGUUCGAGCAGUUCUGCAUCAACUACUGUAACGAGAAGCUGCAGAAGUUCUUCGACGACAACAUUCUGGCGGCCGAACAGGUGCUGUACGCACGCGAAGGUCUCAACGUGCCGGAAAUUAAGUACACCGACAAUCAGGACAUCAUAGAGCUGAUUGAAUCUAAGUCGAACGGCAUCUUUACGCUGCUGGACGAAGAGUCGAAGCUGCCGAGACCGUCGUACGCACACUUUACGAACGAGGUACACUCGGCCUGGAACGGCCACUAUCGCCUCUCGUUCCCGAGAGCGUCCCGGCUGAAGGCGCACCGCUCGCUGCGCGACGAUGAAGGAUUUCUGGUGCGCCAUUUUGCCGGUGCCGUGUGCUACAAUACGAAUCAAUUCAUCGAAAAGAACAACGAUGCGCUGCAUGCGUCCCUCGAGGGGCUGGUGCAGGAGUCGGAAAACGCGCUGCUGAACGCACUGUUCAGCGGGGGCAGCGCUGGCAAAUCGCCCAUGAACGUGGGCAAGCUGUCGUUCAUCUCGGUCGGGUCGAAGUUCCGGUCGCAGCUGGGCGAGCUGCUGGAGAAGCUGCGCAACAACGGCACCAACUUCAUCCGCUGCAUCAAGCCGAACAGCCGCAUGAUCGACCACGAGUUCGAGGGCAGCCUGGCGCUGGCCCAGCUGAAGUACUCCGGCACCAACUCGGUGCUGGAGCUGAUGGAGUACGGCUACCCGUCCCGCGUGCCGUUCAACGAGCUGUACAACAUGUACAAGAGCUACCUGCCGCCGGAGCUGGCCCGGCUGGCGCCGCGCACCUUCUGCGAGGCGAUGCUGAUGUCGCUCAAGCUCAACUCGAACGAGUUCAAGUUCGGCAUCACGAAGGUGUUCUUCCGCCCCGGCAAGUUCGUCGAGUUCGACCGCAUCAUGCGCUCGGACCCGGAGAACCUGCAGGCGAUCGUGGCGAAGGUGAAGAAGUGGCUGAUCCGCUCCCGCUGGAUCAAGUCGGCGUUCGCAGCGAUCUGCGUCAUCAAACUGAAAAAUCGCAUCAUCUUCCGGAACAAAUCGGUCGUGCUGCUGCAGAAAACGAUCCGCGGCUAUCUGGUGCGCAAGAAGCACCAGCCCCGCUACCGGGGCAUUGCCAAGAUCAAGGCGGUCGAGGACAACCUGCGCAAGAUGCACGCGAUCGCCGAGCAGCUGAAGGCGGACCGGGACAAGAUGCAGGCCAACAUACGGGACGUGCAGGCGUCGCUGACCGCCGCCGUCGCGAAGAUACGGGCGAACCCGUCGAUCGGGGCGGCCGCCAUCGACCAGCAGUACGCGGACAUUAUGCGCAGCAUCGACACCAACAUGAAGCUGAUCAAUGCCCGCCUGCAGGAGCAGCGCAAUGCCGAGGAGCAGGAGCGGCUGAACAAGAUCAAGCUCGCGCUCGAGGCAGAGCGCCGUGCGAAGGAGGAGGAAGAGCGGCGCCUCAGGGAGGAGGAAGAAAACAGGAAACGCAAAACGGAGAUCGAGGCCCGCCGCAAGGAAGAGGAAGCGAAGCGCCUCCGCCAGGAGGGUGAGGACCGGAAGGCCGCCCUCGCACUGCAGGCACAGCUGGAAAAGGAAGCGCAGGAGGACAUACAGUACCGGCAGCAGCUGGAGCAGGAGCGUCGCGACCACGAGCUGGCCCUCCGUCUGGCGCAGGAAUCGAACGGGCAGGUCGAGGACAGCCCGCCCGCACUGAGAAACGGUACGCCAGAGGUCACGCCAUUGGGCAACGCAAACCGAUUGAUAAGAUCCGAAGCGAUCCGUGCACAACAGCAGCUGGUUGAGAAGCAGAAGCACGACCUGUCGAAGUGGAAGUACUCGGAGCUGCGGGACGCGAUCAACACCAGCUGCGACAUCGAGCUGCUCGAGGCGUGCCGCCACGAGUUCCACCGCCGGCUGAAGGUGUACCACGCCUGGAAGGCAAAGAACCGCAAGCGCACGACGAUGGACGAGAACGAGCGGGCACCGCGCAGCGUCAUGGAGGCCGCGGCCCGCUCGCCGCCGAGACUAACGCCGAAGCAGGAAAUCGUGCCGACGGGCAGCGUGCAUCGCUACUUCCGCAUACCGUUCGUGCGGCCGGGCAAUGGUGGCGGCCCGGCCGAGAUCGGCACGGCGGCGGCCAACGCGGACGACAGCAAGCGCAGCUGGUGGUUCGCCCACUUCGACGGCCAGUACGUGGCCCGCCAGAUGGAGCUGCACACGGACAAGCCGCCGAUACUGCUGGUGGCCGGCAAGGACGACAUGCAGAUGUGCGAGCUCAGCCUGGAGGAGACGGCGCUGACGCGGAAGCGCGGGGCCGAAAUCCUGGAGCACGAGUUUAACCGCGAGUGGGAGCAGCACGGCGGCAAACCGUACAAUCGACUGAGCGCUAGGAAGUAGUCGACGGGCGGGCGUUCGACGGGACUGGCCCCGGGGUGGGCGAUUCCGGUUCCCCUGCUCCCCAGGGCGCCGCCAACACCCCAUCUUGCAAGGUUCCGCUUCUUUUUUUGUGUUUUAGCUAAAUUUAAGUCAACCCCUCCCCAGUUGGCGCUUGCAGAAACAAAAACGUUGCUGCACGGGCACACGGGCUGACUAAUACUAUGAUAAUCCGCCGACCCGGUCGCAGACACGUUGCGCCUAGGUUGACUUCAUAAUAUUCUUAAUCAGUAUCCUUUAUUCCUUUAUUCCAUUCCGCCAGCAUUCACUAACUUUCACUACGAAAGAAUGGAGUAUUAUUAAUAUUAUAAUUACUAUUACACUGCAGCUACUUGGCGCGCUGCCUAGGCAGAAUAUCAGUUUUUCCCCUCCCCCCAAACCAAUCGGUGUAAAUGACGUGCAACAUUCUGGCCCUUAGGCGGUGCUAGAGCGAUUAAAACAAAGCGUAUUUCGCCGGGCCCCAGCAUAUAUUAUACAUAAAUAUGUUAUUGCCUGUACGCAUUUCGUCUCAUUCCAAGGUCCUUAACAACGCCAAACCAAAUGGUGCUACUGGAUAGAAGAAUAAAAAAUCCCCAAUCCGUUUCCCUCCAGGGACAAAAUGUGUGUUACAAGGAGAAGAAGAGUACCUUAGUAGCGUUUUCCACGCAAAACCCGUUGAAGCGCGGCACACUUUUUGCGAAUCAUCAUGUUGACAUCAUUUCGAAAAUUGCGCAAUAAACGCUCCAGCGCCAGCGUGCCUAUUUACUACUUGUGUGUGUGUCUGUGUGGGGGAUAGCUUUAGGUGCUCUUCUUCACCCAUCACCCGGUUCAAUCCCCGGGUAGGUGCGUGCGGAGUGUGUGUGUUGGUUUUGGUGCCUUUUUUUAAAAAAUCAGUAAACGAUAAUUAUAACACCCAUGCAGUUAGCUAACGUUACUAUUGGCAGAUGAGAAUGCAGCGAAGAGAUUAAACAGUAUAUUUGCACGCACCACUGUAGCACACCACCGGACCACCAGGCAAUACCAAACGGACAGUCCCAAACACGUGGGUAGGGUGCAAUGCGGUGUUGUUGUUUUUUUUUUGUCUGGAUCGAAAGCGCGCAUAAACUUUGGCGUUUUGUGAGGAUAAUCAAAACAGAAUACUAGGAACUGCAGUAGGGCAAAGGGAGAGUAGAAACAAAAUCGUUAAUGCAAGAGAAUUGAAAUGAAGCAACUAAGAGAAACAACAACAACAAAAAAGAACUAUAACCAAUAACGUCAAACGUUUCCAUCGAGACUGGUUUUUACUACUACUGCUGUUGCUGCCAGGCGCUGAUGUGAACCCUUUAUUAUAUUAUUAAUCUAUACAUAUAUUUACUUGGCGAAGGGAGAAGAAGAUGCAGAUGCGAACCAGAAUUUAAUAGGAGAAUUUAUUUUGAAUGCCUAUAUUUAACACGGGAGAGGCAAAACGCAAAACAAAACGGCCGUGCGAAAGGCGCUUGCCGACAAAGUCUAAAAUACUGAGCUCUAAAAACAAAUAAACGAACCAACACAAAACAAUACCGAUUUAGAGCGCGAGAAGGAGAGUGCGAAAGUGAUUUCCAAACCUUCCGGCGGUGGGGGUUUUAUUCGUUUUUGUUUUUUGGUUUUGUGUGUGGUGUGAAUGUGUGUGCAGUUUUAUUUUAGUUAAAGAAGCAUUGUGAAGCGGUUUUUUUUAGUUUUUGUGCAUUUGAGUGAAGCUAAAGUGAAGUCUAAUUUAUUUUAAUGGUCUGUUUGUGUUCUAAAGCGGUUUUACACUAAUCUAUUUCAACAUGUAAUUCAGAACCAUAAUAAAGCCGACGAACAGUGGCAUCGAAGAGCUCUCAACUAAGAAUAA